AUGACCUCCGCUAAAGACAUGAAGAUACGCUCCGUGUUGGAACCAAACGAGGAGAGGAGAAGAGACGCUUUGGAUCAGCUUCCACCGCCGGCCAACUCCAACAAGCCGCUCACCCCAUUCAGUAUCGAGGAUAUUUUAAACAAACCCUCGAUAAAGAAGUCCGUGGCAGCUCUCUGUCCCCCCAGGGUUCUGGAGAAAGUGGCCGUUUCAAAUGCGGCAAGAAAUUGUAUCACGUCUCCAUCCUCUCCGCUCUGCGCUUUGGAGGAACUAGCCAGCAAAACUUUUAAAGGUCUGGAGGUCAGCGUAAUACAAGCAGCAGAAGGCCGGGAGCAUGUAAACGCAUUUGGUCAGAGACAUGCCUCAAAAAAGAGAAGGAAGUCUCGUACCGCUUUCACAAACCAUCAAAUCUACGAACUGGAGAAGCGCUUUCUGUACCAGAAGUACCUGUCUCCUGCGGAUAGAGAUCAGAUAGCGCAGCAGCUGGGUCUCACCAAUGCCCAGGUCAUCACCUGGUUCCAGAACAGACGGGCCAAGCUGAAGAGAGACUUGGAGGAGAUGAAAGCGGACGUCGAGUCCCUCAAGAAAAUUCCUCCGCAGACCCUACAGAAGCUGGUUGCCAUGGAAGACAUUGACGACCGAAAAGCAGGCUCGGAGGUUCUAUCCCCCAGCGUUUCCCCGUCCUCACAAGGUCACGGAGUCUUCCCUCAGUCCCCGUCCUCAUCCAGAGGCCAAACCACGGACGAGUUCUCAGAAGAAGACGAAGAAAUUGAAGUGGAUGAUUGA